AUGUUGGAAGCCAUCCGAACGAACCUCCCGCUCGAGAGUCUGUCCAACAUAUCAUCCAUCCUCGGUCCCAUCGGACUUCUCGCCCUCGCAGACCUCAGCACCGUCCCUUUACGAACAACCCUGACUGGAACUUCCUCAUGGCUGGACAUCUUCAUUCUGGCUCCCGGCCUGCACAGGCAAGCCACUGCUCCGGAUCUGACCAAGGGCGAGUACCCAGCCUGUGCGGCUAUGACGACCGGGUAUGUCUUUCGUGUUGAGAAUCCGGCGACGGUACACUACCUUCAGCGAGUUGGGAAGACGGGACAUGUUACGACUUUAUUCGUGACUUCUUCACAGGAAACAGGAGCCAGGGUUUCGGGUUCUGGAUUGGCGUAUGUGUCGGCUCUCUUGCUCUCUGUUAGCAUACCUGGAAUUGUGGUGCUCGUUGGAGACAUCGUAACUACCGCUGUUAUCGGUCUGUUGAUUUUGUCCCGCCUCAUCAACGUCUCCAUCAUCCGUCGCCGCGCACAGCUAGGUUGGUUCGGCGCCCUGGAGCCAGGCGUCCAAAGUGAUCUCCUCGUUCUCCUCAGUCAGGAUCGAUGGUUCAGAAUCCAAGGCGCAACAGACGACGUCAAAGCUAUAACGUCCGGGGCCUGGCUGCGAGACGCCACAUUCCUUCAGUCUUCACUGGUGAGCUUCGCAACGCUUCUGGUCUACAUCAGCGCUGCCAUGUCCCUCAACGCAACACCAGCAGGCAAACUCGCCCUCUUACUUCUCUUCACCGGGAACGCUGCUCUACUCGGUCUCACGAACGAAUCCACCAAAACACUCACCAUGUUCAAUCGCACCAUCAGCAUCAAGCACGCACCGAGACCCUACGACCGCCGUCUCGACCUGACCAAAGAACUCGUGCAAGAAUUUAAACGCACAGACUGCUUCGUCGCCAUGGGCAUGAUCCAACCCGAAAAGGAGAAAGAGCUUCAGAAAUCAUAUAAAGGUGCCGUGAUGAUGUAA